AUGCCGGAUAUGUAUCCGCCAGCACCACCACGACUUCCAGUUAUGUUACAUUUCGUGUUACCAUUGGCAAGUGAAACUAUUGCUUCAUUGGUGCAAUUGCCAUCUUUGUCAAUAUAUGAUGAUGUUCUUCCUGGAGCGCCACCACCGGAGGCGCCAUAA